CAGUCCAGUCGCUCCAGUAUGAUACAUGUUCUGCAACGAUGGCUGUCAAAUCACUCCAUAAAUCUCUGCCUGCUCUAUGUUUCUGUCUCUGUUCGUUGCUAGCCGGCUCCGAUUACACGUCUCCACCAUUUCUUGUGAAUCUAUGCAUCGGGAAUGGCUUGUUGGUGGCGAGUGGUCCACUCGCACUGCAGGCUAGUAUGAUCAGCCGCUUUGUCACCCAGCUCUUUUUCUGCACUCGGAAAUGCACCGCGCUCCCUGCGACUCGGCUGCGGAGCUAUCCCUUGGGCUGCCUCGGACUGAUGGUGCUUCUCCACCGGCCCACGUCGACCUGCCCAUCAUUCCAAAUGCUCAUGGCGUUACCUCUUCUCCAACGCCAUGGGUAAAUCCGGGAUGCCGAGGGGAUAUGAAACGGUUGAAGCGUCUCUGAAGGCUGGGAUGUACAUUCUGCGGCUUACCUGGUCAUUGGUCUGUCUGCAACCUCCUGAUAACUGGGGUUUCCAGUUCCGACUACCUCAAGAUCUCGCACACAGCUUCCCGACAAAGACCGUACGGACUUGCAGUCCAUUCGGCAACAUUUGCCAAGCUUUUGUUUUCCCUCCUGUGCAAACUGGUGUCCGCGAUGCACGCACGCCGUCUGUCUGUCUAUCGACUGGGCCGGCAACCGACCCUCUCGGAUUCAUUCCCUGGGAAGAUCCCUAUUUCCGUCUCAUCACGCAUUCAUGUUGCACCGAUGUUUGAUCUCCGUACCGAGCACACAAUUCAUCUGGCCCAGUAAACUUCCGUGAUGAGCGUGCCGGUCGUGUCUCAUUGAAAGCCGACUAUUCAACGUGAGAUCCACGGACAAGUUCGCCGACGACAGGAAUCGAGUGCAGCAACUUGUACCAAGAUAUUGUAAUAUAAACAGCUUGUCGCUCUCGCGGUCCAGACCCAGGAUGGGCCCUCUCGACGCCACCGUCAGUAUCCCGAAUAGUCUGUUAAGGCAGACUCAGUCCCAGCAGCGCAUGAAGCUGUGUUCAGAAAGCGCAGGGUCCGAGCAUCGCGUGAGACUUGUUCAUGUUUUAGGAAAUGGCAUGACCGUAUGGCGUUUGAGAAUCCCAUGAUGAUUGAUAUUGGUCGAGCCGCAAGGAAGUCCGACCAGAGCGGAGCGAUUUUGUGAGCUUAACGAUGAGCCCAACGUCUGUGCCUGAAACCGACGCAAACAACAAACCUACCCUUUCUUUUGCCCACCAUGAUGUUGGGCAGUAAUCUCAACUUCCCCACACACGAUCUGCCAGACGAGGACGCCGAACGGCCAUCGAAGAGGUCUCGCAGUGGGGAACAGCCGCUCCCGUCCCCGGCAAGCAACGAGAAGGACAAACACAGGAAAUUGAGCUGUCGGGAGUGCAGAAGGUUGAAAUUGAAGGUUGUGAUCGGGUCUUUCCUUGCCAGAGUUGCUGUAAACGCGGUUGCGCAGAAAUUUGCAAGUCCUGAAGGUGCUUUACAAAGCGGACGUGGGAGCCGUUUCAUCUUGGCAAAUACCGAACAACUGCACCAGACGAUUGCUCGUCUCAGCGAUCGCGUUCGCCAGCUCGAGGACGGGCUUGAGGGUGUGCAAUCAGAUCAUCCGCUACUCACUUCGGACCUGCGACGGAUCAAGACUUCGCAAGAGCUCUAUGUUGCCAAUGCCGCGUUGACGCUGGACCCGAAUGCAGGGCCGGUCGUGGCGCCUGAUAUUCUACAACUUUCGGUCACUUUUCCAUUCCCGUGGUCAGUGGAUCUCAAAAUCCGGCAACGAAUCCGGGACGCACUUCCUCCUCGUGCUGAAGCUCAAGCGUUGUGCGAGGAGGCGCGCCGGAACGCGCUAUGGCAAUAUAACCUCGAUCCCUCGCGAACUUUUAUUGAUUUGCUGAUACACAGCGUCUAUACGACGCCCAUCGGAGAGCUCUCGCCCCGCCGCCUUGCUCUGCUUCUCAUGGUUCUCUCUAUUGGCUCGCUGGUCGAUCUUUCGCAGCCCCUGGGCUCGCUUCACGGGGAAGCCUACCAUCACCUUGCUCGGGCAGCUGUGUGCGAGAUUCCGCUCAUGGAAGAGCCAGACUUUGACGAGCUGCACGCGCUGUUCUUCAUGAUCUGGUAUCAUCUCGUCUUUUCUGACAAUCGCAAAGCUGUCGGGUAUGCUUGGAAUCUGAUGGGAUUCGUCGCAAAGCUUGCGCAGGGGCUCGGGCUUCACCGCGAAGGUUCGCGUUUGAAGAUGAUCCCAGAGGAGAAAGAACGGAGAUGUGCCAUAUUUUGGGAACUUUUGAACUUGGACUGUCGCAUGAGUCUUUCACUGGGUCGCCCCCCGUCUCUGUCUCUUGCUCACGUGGACACCAAACCCCCGGCCUACGUAGAAAGCGUGCAGGUUCCCAAGGACGAGAUUCUUUAUCACGAAUGGAAGAAUCUCUUCUUCACGCGAUGCCUGAGUCCCGUUUUAGAAGUCGUCGCAUCAGUCAGUCCACCUGACUAUGCGAAUAUCCUGCUACUGGAUGCGCGCGUGCGAGACUUCCAGGCCUUUUCUGAUUCGGGUGCGAACGCGCGCUUCUUGGUCAUGCAGCGGUCGGUGGUAGCUUCAGGCCGCGACAUCGCUCUUUUGCAGCUACAUCGGCGCUGCUUCCAAGAAGCACUGAGCGGAUCGUUCACUGACCUGCAGCAUCGCUACGCUCCCUCUGUUCUAGCCACUUAUCUGGGGGCCUCGUCACUCAUAGGGACCAUCGAAACGCUCUUCGAUCUGGAACCUCAGCUCUGUGCGCGUUUUCUGCAUUUUUGGUUCAACGCAUUUUCUGCGACGGUCACUCUGUCCCUGUUUGUGUCGAGGGCGCCGGCGACUUCUCUGGCAUCAUAUGCAGUGCAGGAUCUCGAUCGAGUUUGUCGAUUGUUCCGACGGGCGGCCACCCUGCUGCCAUUCAGUGCCAAAUCUCUUCCUGUCAUGGAAAAACUCGCCGACAAAGCCCGUCGAGCUUGCUCGCAAGUCUCCAACUCUGUCACCCUCCCCUCGACGAGCAGCAUCCGCACCCAGCUCCCGGCCGCAUUCCGCGGCGCACAUCCCACUCUUGCGCGCUAUGCGGAAGAGAUGACCUUCGCCAAAACACACGGGCCCCCACUCAAGGACGCCGUCCAUGCUCCAAACGAGUCCUGGCUGCCAGACGUUUACCACUUCGGGACAUUGGGCAUUGGAAUACACGAGCGAUAUCGGGCCGACGAGGGUUCUACCUCGGAGGACACAUUCGCCUCUGCCCAACCGACUCCUUUCAUGCCUUCGGAACCUCGCAUAGACGCCAGCGACUCAUUCAACUUCGAUCACGGCGCGUUGACGGCGGAACUUGCCGAGACAAGCUACAUGGCUUGGUUCUGAACAGACACUUGUUUUCUUGAUCUAUCUGAGAUGUAUAUAAGCAGCUGUAAGAACCAGUAACCUCGUAAUGUGUAUUUGUACGCAAUUG